AAUCUUCCAAUCCCGGGCUGGCUGCCUAACUCACUCCACCUACCGGCUUAGUCUUCCUGCGCUCCAGUGUCUCUGCUCUGCUCUGCCAGCGCUGAUCUCGCCUUCCUCCUGCCCCUGCCCCUCUCUGUUGCCCCGUGUGUCUGUUGCCCAUCGCACCCCUCCCUCGCCCCCGCCCCCAGCCAGCGUCCCACCCUCCCUCUGUGCCGGACCGGACCUCUGAGUCUGGUGAUGGUAGCUCUUUCUCCCACCCGUUCAUUGACGGCUGCCUAACUCCCCGAGAGCAGGACGCUGGCGGUUGGGAAGUGUCAGCUCUGGUGAUCUACUGAUACAACAGCCUGUUGCUCUUCCUCUCCCGCCGGGGACAUGAACAGCUCUGCCCCGAUCGCCUCGGCUGCUCGACUUCACCGAGGAGAAGCUAAUUUCCGGAGGGCAGCCGAUCCCUGCUCCAUGCCCCAGCACUGAAGAGCGGCUGUAGACCACACACCAGACCCCAGACCCAGGCAGCGGCAGAGGGCUCGGACAAAUGAGCAGACAUCCGCCCGUGGCUCCCCCCUCGUCCAGCUCCCCGACCACCCUGAUUUGAUGAUCCUUCACUUGGUCAUGUCAAGCCACACGGACCUCCUUACGGACCUGACGUUCCCGGAGAGGUUGCCGACUCCGGACCGCCUGAGAGCCGCAAAGAGGCGGCGGGCGCAGCAACUGAAGAAAUGGGCUCAGUACGAGAAGGACAUGCAGAACAAAAAGAGGAAAACGGACAAGAAGAAAAGCGCUGGGAAUCACAGGCGGGUCACGUUCACGCCCAGCAUCACCCUGCUGGAGGCUUCCUCCCGCAACGACCUGCAUGAAGUGACCCACUUACUGAAGAAAAGUAUAAAUCCAGACCUGUGCAAUGAAGACGGACUCACUGCGUUACAUCAGUCUUGUAUCGACAACUUUGAAGAUAUGGUGAAGCUGCUCCUGGAGUUUGGGACCCAAGUGGAUGCGACGGACAACGAGCUGUGGACGCCAUUGCAUGCAGCAGCAACGUGCCGGCACCCCAACCUGGUGAAGCUCCUGAUAGAGCGGGGAGCGGACCUGUUAGCGGUCAAUGCAGAUGGGAACAUGCCCUAUGACCUGUGUGAUGAUGACCAGACACUGGAGCUCAUUGAGACAGCGAUGGUUAACCAAGGGAUCACUCAGGAGAAGAUUGACCAAAUCCGCACGGCGGUGGAACAGCAGAUGAUUGGCGAUGUCAAAGAGGCCGUUCAGAAGGGCACUGAUCUCAACGCGAGAGAUGCACAGGGAGCCACCUUGCUACACGUGGUCGCUGCCAAUGGUUACUGCACAGUUGCUGAGAUACUGCUUGAACAUGGAGCGAAGGUGAACAUCAAGGACCGCGAUGGUUGGGAGCCACUGCACGCAGCUGCCAGCUGGGGACAGAUGCAAAUUGCAGAAUUACUGACAGCUAACGGUGCAAGCCUGAAUGCCAAGACCUACUUGAAAGAAACACCAAUUGAUCUUUGUGAGGAUGAAGAGUUCAGGACGUUGCUACGACAGCUCAAACACAAACAUGAAAACAUCCAGAAGUCGCAGGGAAAGAACAAGUCGUCUCUGACCAGGAGAACAUCUAGUGCUGGAAGCCGAGGAACAGUGGUGCGGAGAGCCAGCGUGUGUGACCGGAAUAAUUUGUACAGGAAGGAGUGUGAGCAGGAAGCAAUUAUCUGGCAGCAGAUGGGACGGAAAGAAAUGGAGAAGGACGCGGCCAGCAGCGAUGGAGAGGAUAAAGAUUCAUCCAAAGAUCAGGAGAACGUGAUGCCGGACCAACCCAAGGCCUCGCAGACCAGUGAGGUGGAACAAACAGAAUCCAUGGAAAAGCCGUCAGAUGCCGGUGGGGGAAGCAACAAGCUAUUGGAUCCUGGUGGGGGAAGCAACAGUGCGAUCUCUACUCCGGCCUCCCAGCGUUCAGCCUCUCGGCCCCCCACCGCAGCGGACAAGGUGAACGGACAGGUUCCACAUGAGAGUUGCGACGUGAGCCCUUCGCCGCAGCUCAGCGGGGACAGGAGCUGCCAGACGUUGUCAGAGCUGAAGAGGCAGCGGGCAGCGGCCAAACCGAGGAAGCAGUUGUCUCAGGAUGCCGCGCUGCCAAACGGCCAGAGUAGUGUCUCGGAAAGUGACCGACUGCCGCCAAAGAGCUGCCUGGUGGGCUCGCCAAGGACAUCAGCGCUCAGUUCCAACGGUAGCUCCGUCUACCACCCUCACCGCGGCGGCGACCCUCCGAUACUCAGACUUAAGGCACCAUCGGAGGAGCCGGAGGUGAAGAGACAGGGCUGCUGUAGGAUUGUGUGAUGGCGGAGAAGGAACGGGAAGAGAAAGCUGCUGCUUCAAGUUGCAUUUGAUGGAAACGGCUGCUUGGGAGACAAGGUUGGCAUUGGGACUUCCACCUGAAAAUACUGGCACGAGACUGUUAACUUAAGCACUAUUUUAAUGCAAUGACUGUGGAGUUCUUCAUACUGUUGGGGUAAGAGUGAAUGACUGAGUAAUUGACUGGAACUUUUAACUCUCCAUAGGAUACAGGUUGCGCAUUGUAUCUUCUGGAGUUACAAUAGACAAUAGGUGCAGGAGCAGGCCAUUCGGCCCCUCGAGCCAGCACCGCCAUUCACUGUGAUCAUGGCGGAUCAUCCAC